CCGCGGUGGCCUGUGUCCGAGCGCGCGGCUGGCGGGCACCGGGCGCGAUGCGCUGAGCGCCGAGCCGGCCGCAUGGACCCUGCGCGCCCUGGGCGCGGCCUCCUGCUGCUCCUGGCGCUGCUGCCGGGAGCCGCGGCCGAGACCCCGCCGGACGCGCCGGGGCCCGGGGCCACCAGCGCCGACCCGCCCAGCCCUGCCAGCGUGGUGGCACCGGGGACCACGCCGCUUGAGGAGAGCAGGCUGCCUGUGUUCACGCUGGACUACCCACACGUGCAGAUCCCCUUCGAAAUCACACUGUGGAUCCUGCUGGCCUCACUGGCCAAAAUCGGCUUCCAUCUCUACCACAAACUGCCCACCAUCGUGCCUGAGAGCUGCCUGCUCAUCAUGGUUGGCCUCCUGCUGGGCGGCAUCAUCUUCGGUGUGGACGAGAAGUCUCCGCCGGCCAUGAAAACCGACGUCUUCUUCCUGUACCUCCUGCCCCCCAUUGUGCUGGACGCAGGCUACUUCAUGCCCACCCGCCCAUUCUUCGAGAACAUCGGCACCAUCUUCUGGUAUGCCGUGGUGGGGACGCUCUGGAACUCCAUCGGCAUCGGCGUGUCUUUGUUCGGCAUCUGCCAGAUCGAAGCCUUCGGCCUUCGUGACAUCACCCUGCUGCAGAACCUGCUCUUCGGCAGCCUCAUCUCAGCCGUAGACCCGGUGGCCGUGCUGGCCGUCUUCGAGAACAUUCAUGUCAAUGAGCAGCUCUACAUCCUGGUCUUCGGAGAGUCCUUGCUGAACGACGCGGUCACAGUGGUCCUGUACAACUUGUUCAAGUCCUUCUGCCAGAUGAAGACCAUCGAGAUCGUAGACGUGUUCGCGGGGAUCGCUAAUUUCUUUGUUGUCGGCAUUGGUGGGGUGCUGAUUGGCAUCUUCCUGGGCUUCAUAGCGGCCUUCACCACGCGCUUCACACACAAUAUUCGUGUGAUCGAGCCGCUCUUUGUCUUCCUGUACAGCUACCUGUCCUACAUAACAGCGGAGAUGUUUCACCUGUCCGGCAUCAUGGCAAUCACCGCCUGCGCAAUGACCAUGAAUAAGUACGUGGAGGAAAACGUGUCCCAGAAGUCUUACACCACCAUCAAGUACUUCAUGAAGAUGCUGAGCAGCGUCAGCGAGACCCUCAUCUUCAUCUUCAUGGGCGUGUCCACCGUGGGGAAGAACCACGAGUGGAACUGGGCCUUCGUCUGCUUCACGCUGGCCUUCUGCCUCAUCUGGAGGGCGCUGGGCGUCUUUGUCCUGACCCAAGUCAUCAACUGGUUCCGAACCAUCCCACUCACCUUCAAGGACCAGUUCAUCAUUGCCUACGGAGGCCUGCGAGGUGCCAUCUGCUUCGCGCUGGUGUUCCUGCUCCCGGCCGCCGUGUUCCCCCGCAAGAAGCUGUUCAUCACGGCCGCCAUUGUGGUCAUAUUCUUCACCGUUUUCAUCCUGGGAAUUACCAUCCGACCACUCGUGGAGUUUCUCGAUGUUAAAAGAUCCAAUAAGAAGCAGCAAGCAGUGAGCGAAGAGAUCCACUGUCGGUUUUUUGAUCAUGUGAAGACUGGGAUCGAAGACGUCUGUGGGCACUGGGGUCACAACUUCUGGAGAGACAAGUUUAAGAAAUUUGAUGACAAGUAUCUUCGGAAGCUUUUGAUUCGGGAAAACCAGCCCAAGUCAAGCAUCGUGUCUUUGUAUAAAAAGCUUGAAAUCAAACACGCCAUUGAGAUGGCAGAGACUGGGAUGAUAAGCACAGUCCCUUCCUUUGCAUCCCUAACUGAUUGCCGUGAAGAAAAAUUACGGAAGCUCACACCCGGCGAGAUGGAUGAAAUUCGCGACAUAUUAUCAAGGAAUCUCUAUCAAAUCCGUCAGCGAACGCUGUCCUACAACAGACACAAUCUGACGGCCGACACGAGCGAGAGGCAGGCCAAGGAGAUUCUGAUCCGCCGGCGGCACAGCUUGCGGGAGAGCAUCCGGAAGGACAGCAGCCUGAAGCGUGACCGAAGGGCUUCCUCAUCAACUUCCAGAUAUUUAUCUUUACCUAAAAAUACAAAGCUUCCAGAAAAGCUACAAAAGAAAAAGAACAUUUCUAAUGCAGAUGGCAGCAGCAGCGACUCAGACCCAGAUGCAGGGACCACUGUGCUCAACCUGCAGCCCCGAGCCAGGCGCUUUUUGCCAGAACAGUUCUCCAAGAGGCUGCCCCAAGCCUACAAGAUGGAGUGGAAGAAUGAAGUGAAUGUGGAUACCGGCCGAGCGCAGCCCAGCAGCCCCCCAACACCCAGCAGCAAGGACGGGGGCACCCAGACUCCGGGCGUCCUCCGGCAGCCCCUUCUUUCCAAAGAGCAGCCUGGUCGGGGCAGGGACGACAGUUUGACGGGAGACACUGUGCCCAGGCCACCACCCAGGCUGGUCCGGAGGGCAUCAGAGCCUGGGAACCAGAAAGCUCGGUUUGGGGGGAGUGAGAAGCCUUAAAGGGAAUGGCCAAAGCAGAUCUGGGGGGACACACCCGGCGAGGCUCCGGUUUGUCACCCCGGACACCAAAGCAACCCUGGAGUCUGUUUAAAAACCUCUAUCGAAAUGCUUUUUUCAGGUGGCAGAGCCAAGCCAGCAAUUCAUGGGAUGAAUAUCCCAAGAAGAGGAAAGUCAAAGGAAAAAGUCCCACAAAGUCUUCGUGACUCAUGUAUUCUUUUCAGCCUAAAGAAAAAAAUGUGUGCCUUCAUUGAACUUGAAUGACAGAACUUGAAAUUUUUAUCACACACUUGUUAGUGAAGAUGUUAAUAUAUUACAUAUAUGCCUCAAAUCUUAUUUAUGAAAAAAUGUGUAUGUCUGUAGUGGGUUUGUUUUUAAGAGAAUGGCACUAGAGAGAACAUCUUUCCCGGGGUGGAUACCAGGGCAAUGCAGGGCUCUUUCCUUGUCCCAAGCUAAUGGGCCAAGUGAUGAAGGAGGAACACAGGCCAAAAAAGGGACAUCUCAGGACGCGGCUGGGUGCAGGAGCAGGCCGAGCGGCAGAUAGUGGCAGCUCUUGGUCGGGUGUGGGCUAGAAUCCCUGCACUGCUGUAAAUUCGUUCCUCUUGUCUGUCUCGAGUGUGGGUGCCACAGAAGUUCCGACUCUCAUUCUUCUUAGGUGGUGGAAGGAGAAAGGCUGCCCAGCUCAGUCACCUUGCAGGGUUUGACAGGCUGGGUGGCAGCUGUGGCAAAGCCAUAGGCCUGUGUGUGGCAGUGUCUCGUGGCCCCUGGGGAGUUGGGCAGCACCUGUCAGCCAUGGUUGGUGAGUGUAGCUCUGGCACUGUAGGGAGGAGGAUGAGGGUGACUCCUUUCAUACCCAUCUGUGCCCACCUGCUCUAGCAGAAUUUUCCUGUAGAGCAUUCUAGAACUGCACGCAGGUCAGCACCACCAGGUGGAUGAGGAUGGGACUUUAUAUGGACCUUAUUCCAAUGUGUGACACAUUGGCCACAUUCCGGGUUUUGGUUUUUAAUCAGGGAGCACUUUAGAGAAUGCAGGAGUCCUAAUUUUUUUUUUUUUGCACUAGUCUGUAAUUUGUUACCUCUUCACUUUCAAUAAUGUAAUGACUCAAAUUCUUCAUAUGAAAUUGGAUUCUACUUACGAGAGUACUUUUUAGAACACUGCAGAAAGAAGUGGAACAUAAUCAUUAAAGAUUAACGUUUAAGUCUUUGGCUUUUAAACUGUAGAUUUUAUUGAUCUGUUUUUUCUUUCUGAAUAAUCUUUCUUUAAAACUUGCCAGAACAAGGACUCCUAAUCUUGUGGGUUUAGGUGUUAAAUGAGGCCCUUGGUGCCCAUCGGAAGUGUUAGAAGUGCUCAAAGGGUUCUGGGGAGCAGACAGAGUGACAGGGGAGAGGGAGGGAUAGAGACAGACAGCCUUUGGCAGUGGACCUCCCACCCUGUUGUGGUUCAUCAGCAUGGAGGAGCAUCUUCUUCAUCUCUAAAGUCUUGGACCCUGCUGGGUGAGCAGCAUGCAACAGAUGGAUGAACAGAUUCAAGUUCAGUUUCUUUCCCAAGCUCAUCAGCGGAAAUCAGAACUCUAUAAACUUAUGACUCUGCUAGAGACCUCCAUUUUAAGUGAAAAUAUUUACGUGAAAAUAUAGAUUCCUUUUGCUGAAAAGAAAUUGAAGUUGAUCUAGAAUUACACUACAGAAAUAGAAUUGAUCACUGGGCGUGGUGGCUCAUGCCUGUAAUCCCAGCACUCAGGAGGCUGAGACAGGAGGAUCGUUGCGAGUUCAAGACCAGCCUGGGCUACAAAGUGAGCUCAAGGACAGCCUGAACUGCAUAGCAAGACCCUGUCUCAAAAAGAAAGAAAAAGAAAUAGAAUUGAUCAAGAGAUGCGAUGUCUAUUUUUGACAAUGCCAAGAGUAAGUUUUCAGGAGAGUCAUGAAUUAUGAAAUUGGAAAAGAAAAAACUAAAAAUGACCUUAAAAUCAAUUGUCCUGGGGUUUUUUAUAUAAAUAAAUAUGAUAGUAAGUUUAACUUUCUGGAACCAAAGAAGAAAUGAGAAUUUUUGUAGCACAUUUUGUUAACCUGGUAGACCUAAUUCAGAUUUUCUGAGGGUCACAUACAGAAUUUGAAUGGCAAUGUAUAUGGUUUUGAAAAGGAGCACUGAAGUCAUUAUAUUUUAAUUAUUAUUGGUUUCAAUUUUUAUUAUUUGUUGGCUGGCAAAGGCAAUAAAAAUAAACUUGCUUUAGCUUUUUUGUAUACUUUGUUCUUUUGGUAAAUACUUGUCACUAUAAAAAAAGUGACAAUCUAAGAAAAAACAGUGAGUAUCUUUAAAAGCCGUAACAGUUGGAAUUUCUAUAGUCUAGAAAGCGCCUAGAUCCCUUUCAAAUGACUCACUUAGUUCCAAAAACACCUGAUCCAAUGAAGUUCUGGCAUGGCAGUGGCCUUUUGAUGAAUCUUCCCUGGAUGCUGUAAAACAGUUGAUUUGAAAGUGAAAAGUCAGGGUUCAAAGCUUUAUACAGAAAGGGCAGGGCUAGCUGUGGGGAACAAUUUUUCCAGUCUGCAAACUUCUACACAUUGGUGCCAAAACUGCUCUAAAAUAUGCAUCUGAAUAUAGGUCCCCACAAAAUGAGAGGGAUGAAACUUCUUAACAGCUUUUGCUAAUCCUUGUUGCAGGGUGGAAAUGGGGGGUGCAGAGUUUUGCUGGGAAGUAGGCUGUUCAUUUCUAAAAGUGUAGAGAAGCAGAGUCGGUUUGUAUUUGUGAUCCUGCCUGUGAAUCGUGUUUAUGUUAAAACUGGCAUUUCCUUACCAGUUACCAGCCCAUACCAUCUGCUGCUUGCUCGAAGUUCACGAUGGACUUGACUCUUGAGAGAUCAAUUAAAAAUAUUAUCUGUCCAGAGUCAGCACCUGUUGGGGUUCUCUGCAGGUGCCUGACCACCUUGAUCAUGGGUUCUUGGGCCCUCUGCAGGGAUCAAGCUCUGCGGAUUUGUAAGUCCUCUGCAUAAAAGUGGUGUUUACAUCAUGCCUACACAUCUUCCUGUGGACAUCAAGCCAUUGCUAUGUGGUUUAUAGAACCUGAAACAAUGUGAGGGCUACACCCACCGAUGCUCUACCCCUUGGCUUUAGGGAAUAAUGGCAGCUCUGCAAUGUUCACUACAGAGGGAAUUCUUUUUAAGAAUAUUUUUGACAUGGUUUGUUGAAUCUGUGGCCACACAGGAGCAUGUACCUCUGGAGGACGGGCUGUACUCUGAUGCUUUUGCUACCUGGCAGGAAAGCUUAUGACCCAGAGACACACUGGGGACCAGUGACCUCUUCACUUCCAGAACCACGUGUAUCACUCCUUGCCAUUUCCUGUCCUCCUUUCUAAUCAGGCCCUGGCUUCAGCCUCUGUAAGGACAGUGGGAGCCACUUGGUCACAUGACUCUAACCUUAGCUCUGGCAAAUGACACAUUCUGUAUUAGCUUUCUCACUGCUGGAACAAAACAUGGCGUCCACAAUGUAAGAGGCAAGGUUUAUUUGGUGUAUACACUGAUUCUGAGGAGUCAGUCUGUGGCUGGCUGACUCCAAGGCAGAAACGGCAUGGUAGAAGGGCCUGGCGGAGGAAAGCUGCUCAGUCUACAGCGGCCAGGAAGUGAGAAUGCAAGAGCAGAAGCAAGACACACACCUUCCAGGUCACUGCUCAGACACCCACCUCCUCCAGCCAGCCCCACCCCACAACACGCUCUGCUGUACACUCAUCAGCUGAUCAACCCACCGAAGGGUACAAUGCCCCAAGAUCCACUCACCUUCCGAAAGGCCCACGUCUGAACAGGAGACGCCCAGGAAACAUUUCAGAUCCUAACCCCAACCCUCAGAAUUUCUCAUGCCACCCAUUCCAUACCCGAUACCUUCGGCAGGGACUCAGCCGCCUUAGAGAUGCAAGACAAAUGCCCAGAUGGGUGGUUUGAAACAUUUGUGUAAUGCUAGCUCAUCAGAUUUUGAUCUCUCUUGCUUUUUGUAACUUCCUAUAAUGUUUCAAAUAAAAUUCUAUUUUACUACCGCUA